AUUUUGUUUUGAUCCAGACGCAGCAUACUUUAUUGUUGUUUUCCAGUUGUCAUUUGAUAAAGAAUUAAAAUUUAAAGUAGAAUGUCAACAUUCUACUUUUAACGCAUACGGAACAAAUAUGUCCCGAAACAGAUGUCAUAAAAGAAAAAUUAAUCCUAGAUUACGGAAUAAAUCCUUUUCUUAUGACUUUUCUUCUGAUGAAGAUAGUGAUUAUUUUUCUCCUACUCCAUCUUUGCGAGGAAGACAUAAAAACAUCAAUAGAGGAAAGUGGACUAAAGAGGAGGAUGAGAAAUUGAAAUCCCUUGUUGAGUCGUAUGGUGAAAGUCAGUGGGAGACCAUCGCAAACCUUUUUCCUGACCGUAGUGAUGUUCAGUGCCAGCAGCGUUGGUACAAAGUUGUUAAUCCUGAGCUUGUUAAAGGACCAUGGACUAAAGAAGAGGAUGAAAAGGUUAUUGAGCUCGUAAAGAAAUAUGGGCCCAAGAAAUGGACUGUGAUUGCCAAACAUUUGAGAGGCAGAAUUGGCAAACAGUGCAGAGAAAGAUGGCAUAAUCAUUUGAAUCCAUGUAUAAAAAAGACAGCUUGGACUUUGGAAGAAGAAAAAAUGAUUGUUCAUUAUCAUAGAAUCUUGGGAAAUCAAUGGUCAAAAAUAGCUAAACAGUUACCUGGGAGAACCGAUAAUUCUAUUAAAAAUCACUGGAAUUCAACUUUAAAGAAAAAAGUUGGAUUAUUUACUGAAGAAUUUUGCACUUCAUCUACAAAACCUACCAAAAAAAAGAAAUAUGUUAAUCAGCCUUCACACAAUUUCAAAACUCCUAAAGAAAAUGCUGUCUCAGUUCAGAAAAAUAUAGAUGUACUUGAGGGUUCUAUUCAAGGUACUCCAGCAUGCUCAGAUAAAAGUUCUGGGCAAGAAUUUUCUAAAGUAUUUUCCCAAAAUAUGCAGUUUAGCCCAGUGCAAAUCAAAGUAGAGCCUCCUUCCAGUGCUGAUGAAAUUGAAGAUGGGACAGAUAAUGGCAUUAGCAUUUCCGACUCAGGAUAUAUGGGUGUGUUGAACUCUGCUAAAACUCCACAGAUUGAUAUGGUGAUGUCUCCUAUGAAAUUGAAAGAAGAACCACCUUUUCCCGGUGUUGAACUAAUUCCUGGUGUUGAAUUGAUUCCAGAUGUGUCCCCUUUGAGUGCUGAUGUUGACAACCUGGAUGUGUCUGAAAUUAUGAAUUCUGGUACUUUUGCUAAUCUUUCCAUGUCUGAUCUUGUACAAGGAACAGAAAUUAGUCUACCAAACACACCCAUGAAACCAUCUCUGCAAGAUCCAAUUAAGUAUAGCUUUGAUGGCAGAACCAUAUUUCAAGCUUUGAAGCAGGAGCAUCUGAAUGAAGUUCUGAUACCUAUUCCUUCACCGGUGAUGACUAAACUGGCUUCUCCUAAAACUUCAAAUGGACUUUGCAGAAAGCGAAAUAUAAUGCAAUCACAAACAUCUCUACUGACUGACUCUGGUAAUGAGACUUACCUUCAUAUUCCUCUGGAGAAUGAACAAGAAAUGCUCAGCUUCAUUAAGCAAGAAACUCUGAACACAGAUCCUUCUAUUGGAAACACAGACCUUAACUGCAUGGCCAAUAUCAGCUUUUCAUCCAUUGACAAUGGUGUAGUAAAGGAUGAUGCUCUUUUCUAUGAUGUGGCUUGCACUAGUGCUUUUGGCUUAGAUGAUUACAAAGUCUUCAAUGAAUAUCUUAUGAGUACCACUCCUGUGAAAGGAGGUACACCUAUCCAACCUUUGACUUUCUCUCCAUCCCAGUUUUUAAAUACUCCUACAAUGAAAUCAACAAAUGCUUUAACAUCCACACCAAAACGUCACAUUCAAACUCCUACUCUUAGUCCAAUGGAUCAUGCUGAUACAUCCAGUGUUCUUCAAACACCAAAAGUGUCAUGUUUUAACAGAACCAUCCGUACUCCAACACCUAUAAAAGAAGUUUUGGAUGAUAUUUCGAGAAAUAGCUCUGACAGAAGAAGGAGAUUAGGAAAUAUCCGAAUCGAACUGAAAAAGAAUUCAUCAAUGGAAACAAUGACUUCAAGAUAUGAAUCUGAUCCUACUAACAAGGAGAAUAUUUACCCUCCUAAGAGAGCAAGAAAAGCUUUGCAUAAAGCAUGGAUGACUGACAGUGAGCUAGCUCUAGAUUCUGUCAGUGAUGCAACAAAUCCUGAAACUCCUAGCAAAUCUCUGCUUGGUGAUAGUUCGGUAGCUUUCUCUCCUCCAUCUAUUAUUAAAGAAACUUUGAUGGAUUCAACAACAGAGUUAAAUACUGCAUUUGUUGCACCAUCAGGAUGCAUUAGGGCUAAGAAAAGGCGUAAGGAGGAGCAUACUCCAAGAAGAUUUGAUUUUGCUCAGGCACUCAUUGAAUGGGAACGUAAAGUGACAAAUGGGAGGACAAUUCACCAAGAACAUCUCACCGAGUUAGCUCGCCAAUGGGUGUCCACUAUUCAACCAAGAUCACUGCAACUUUAACUAUUCUCUGGAGAUUGUUAUUCUUAAUUAUGACUAUUUUUUUAUUAUUAUUCAUGUUAUUCUUUUGUUGCUACUUUUAUUAUAUGUUGAUGCAAUUAUUGAAGUGGAUAUACAAAUUUGUUUUUAGAAUCGCACAAUCAUGUUCUCUUUCAGACAUUGUAAAAUCUAUAGACUAUUUUACAAAAUUUAGUGAGAAUUUCUGCUGCAUGAAUUGCUGGCUGUGGUUUACUUUGAGAUUUUUAAUUUAAAGAUCACAUUGCUGCUUCAGGUGUAUCUUCCUUAUUAUGUAAAUAUCUGUUUUACAGUUAUUUUUAAUAACAAAACCUAUUUCAUGACUUAAAUCAAAUUUCAUUCUGACUUUUAAAUUUCAAUUAGGAGAUGGGUUUGCUGUUUUCUUUCCUAGAAUGAAAAACUAAUCAUAAUAAUUGUACACAAUAUUUAUUUUCUAAAGAAAGCAAGAAAUUCUUUAUUUAAUUGUAUGCAAUAUGAUUUAAUUAUAUUUUCCUAAACUUUUUUUUAUCUUAGAUUAUUAUAGUUUAUGAUGGUCUAAAAUUUGACUAUUUGUUGUUUUUUAGAUGGAUUAUCUAUAAAAAAAAUUACAUUGCUUACUCAGCUGGUUGUAAUGUUAAUUACAGCUUGCUGAUUUAGCAAUUAUAUAAUUAUUCCUGCUGCUUUAAUUAUAUAAUUAUAACUUCUUCAAAAUCAUGGAAAAGAACAUCAAACUGGUGUUGAUGCUUUGUCACAUGCAUUAUUAAGUUAUGUUGGGUCCUUGUAAUAGUAAAAUAUUGAUUUUGCUCAAGAAAUGGAACUAAGUUGAAUUCUUUAUGAUUCCAUGUUUGAAGAACAUUCAUUAUUUUUAUUUCUUUUCGUUUUAAAUACUUUAGAAGAACUAAAUAGCUAUUUCCUUUCAAGGUUCUAAUUUGAAGUUGAAUACUCAUUAUAAGUGGGAUUUAUAUAUAUAAAAUAUAUUUUUGUUGUUGAUAGAGUAUUUGUAAAUCACUUGAAAUAUAUAUUUUGUUCGUAGUUAUGUAAUUGUGUUUCUUUAAUAUUCUGUGUUUCCUGUGUCUUGUACUUGUCUGUGUUUGUUGGGGUG